AUCGCUACAUACAAAGUAAACGAGUCGGGAACAUUGUGCGACGAAAACAAGUACCUACUGGAGCAACGUCGAGUCACAAGUCACAAAGAUGAAACCAAUUCAUUUAUUAUUCAUGCUCGUAGCAGUGCAGACAUUCGCGCUGAUUUCCGCGGGAGGAAAUGACGAACAGAACAAGUCGGAUGUGAUAAGCAAAGCGGAAAACACGCUCGGUACUAAAGUAGGACUCGGAGGAGGUCUUGGUGGGAGCACUGGCAGCUCCAGCUACCCAGGCGGCAGUGGCAGCAGCACCACUGGUGACAAAGACACUUCCGGAGACAAGGACACCUCCGGAGACGAGGACACCUCCGAAGACAAGGACGCCUCCGAAGACAAGGACGCCUCCGAAGACAAGGACACCUCCGGCGGCAGUAACAGCAAAACCACUGACAGCAGUGACCUGCCCAGCGCUGAAUAAACCGAAAGCGACGAAGGUAGCGAGCAUGGCAAAUGGUUCACUCGUUCCUUAGGAUAUUCAUUGAGGACUGUGAAACAUUUCGUCUUAAUUGCUAUAUUUCAACAGGAUGAUUUAUUAGGUACCCUAACACUUCACAACUGCUCCGAAUUUGAUCAUAUUUAUUCACAUUUUAAAUUUUAAGACUUAAUCUUUAAAUAUUUUUAACGGGUUUAUGGGUGGUGACGGUUUAGAAAUUAAUUUACACUAUACUUAAGCAUAGUAGGAAUGGGUAACGACAAUUUAUGUUGUACACUAUCUACUUUAAUAAAGGUUUACUGCAUUAUGAAA